UUCCUUAAGCGCUUUGGAAGUUUCUUAUGUACACAUUUUAUGUUUGUGCAUGGAGCUCCCAAGUACAAUAGUCCGUGUAAAUAAAACGUAUCUUUUGACAUUUUUUAAACUCUUUGGAGCGUGGUCUGAGCGGUGUGCGUUGUCUUGUAGCUAAAUACUAAAGAGCAAAGAGGGCGAUUUACUAUGGCUUGUCCGAUCUAUCCAAAGGACACACCGCAGCCCACAGAGGACAUCGAAUUUCAGCAAGUACUGCGUCAAAUUGGAGGUAAAGAGAAUAUAUACUUAGUAAGUGAUACCGUCAAAUCGGAUGAGGAGGACGAAGCCAGUGGGAUAUUAAAGGAGUUCAUUCAGGACAUGUUUCAUAGCGGGCGCACUGAAAACCUUGGCACGAGCCAUACCAACAACACUAACGGUCAGAUUUAUUCCUCUCCAAAUAGUCAAGGGGAUACUACAAGCGAAAAUAAUGGGACAUGCGAAACAGUAAACAACUGCAAGAUUUUGCCUCAAGCCCAGGGGAACGAAAUACCUCUGUCAACGAGGCCAAAGGAUUUAGUAUUGAGUGCCAAGUCUAUGGGAGAGGAUAAAGGACCACCGAGGCUCAAUGGGAACGUCCAAAAGACCAAAACCUCAAGCAUGAACAGUUGUAGAGGAAAGCGAAUAAUAGACUAUCCUAUUAUAAUAUUCAUAUUUAGACAGGAGUUUUUCAGUGGCAGUGCAAACGCAAUUUGCCUGAAAGAAAUUCUGAAGGAUGUUAGGUCACGUGCGAAACGUGGCGGUGUCCGCCCAGCACUAGUCGGGUUAAUACGCUCAACAGGUGAGAGCAACGAGACGCGUGAAUCAGUGGGAUUUCUGGAGGGCCUGCUUCGUUCAGUGUUUCGGAAACAUCCACCAGAAGCCAUCUGGGCAGGGCAUUUCAUUCCCAAGACAGAGGAUAGGAUGCUGUCCAUCAAGAAAUACGCCUGCAAAGCCAUCUAUUCGGCCCAAUCCUCAGAUAAUUCUGAGGAAAGAGGGAACAUGUUUUUAAGGCCAUUCCAAUGUUUGCCUUGGCCUAGAAGACACAACAGCCAGGCCAACAACACUUCAGCAAACAGGCAAAGAGGUGACGCUGCUAGUGCAGAGGAAGGGAUCCCUCUGAAGACUGGUGUUUUGUCCGCUGGACCCCAGGCAGAGUCCGACUGUGGUGUAACCAAAAAAGACAGUCAUGAUGACACUCGUGGGUCAUGAUUUCCCCAUGUCCAACUGUGGACAAUACUCAAACGUUGGUCUCAAGGAACAUUGGUGUCUGUACAAGUCUGCAGUUAAGUUACAUGUCUGGCACAUUGGCCUUACAAUCGGUCAGAGAAGAGUUGAUACAUUAGCCUGUGAUUAUGAACAAUUUGAAUUUAGCGAUAACUCAAGUUACGCAACUUAAUACAUUUAGUGUACAUGCGUAUCUUGUGAGGUUACUCUGUUACAUAACCAUCCAUGUAUGUUGUCACUUUAAAUAAAUGUCAUGUAAUAUCUGCUUUUGUUGUUACAAAGAGCUCAUCUUGAAUUGUAAAACAACAAUGCAAAAAUGUGUGACCAACAAACACUAUGACCAUUUACUUCAUUCUGUUCGGUAAGUGUGAUGUGAUGCUGUUUUCAAAUGAAACACAAUACCUUGCUCUUGUUAAAGCUUUUAGAAUGUA